AUGAACACGAAUUUACGAUUUCGAGGCGAAUUCCCGCCCGCUGCGAACACGACUAGCUUCGAAACGAGUUGGCAGCAAAAAACGAAUCCACGUCGAAAAAUUCUCGAGUCCCCAGAUGGCACCUAUUGGCACAAAGCAGGGCCCCACGAUGCCAACCUCGAUUUAAACAUGCAUAUUCAUGUCAACAAAACAUGGAAUAACAGAAAUUGCACCAGGAAGCAUACCCCGCAGCUGAGAGAGAAAUGCAUCCAACAGCGCAGGUGCAAUGCAGGUGGCAAUAAGGAGAACAAAAUUCUCACUGGUGUUGUAAAGGGCCUUGGCAGUGUGCGAAUGCUACAUCCAUGA